CUACCAUUCACACGCUGAACGCAUCACUAACCAUAGUUUAACCAUGGCUAAAGCUCCAACCAAGAAGUUCAGUAGCACUCCAAACCCCACUGGGGCCAAAGUGUCUGCUGAAAAGCACUUGAACUCUGUGUUCAAGUUCAACACCAAUUUGGGUCAACAUAUUUUGAAGAACCCACUUGUAGCUCAAGGGAUUGUCGAUAAGGCCGGUAUUAAACCCUCAGAUAUCGUCUUGGAAGUCGGUCCAGGUACCGGUAACUUGACUGUGCGUAUCUUGGAACAGGCCCGUAAAGUUGUGGCCGUGGAAAUGGAUCCUAGAAUGGCGGCAGAAUUAACUAAGAGAGUCCAUGGAACCCCAGCUCAAAAGAAAUUGGAGAUCAUGUUGGGGGAUUUCAUGAAAACUGAACUUCCAUACUUUGAUGUGUGCAUCUCUAACACUCCAUACCAAAUUUCUUCCCCAUUGGUUUUCAAGCUUCUCAAUCAACCAAGACCUCCAAGAGUAUCUAUUCUUAUGUUCCAACGUGAAUUUGCCUUGAGAUUACUUGCCAGACCGGGAGACUCCCUCUACUGUAGACUUUCUGCCAACGUGCAGAUGUGGGCCAACGUCACACAUAUCAUGAAGGUUGGUAAGAACAAUUUCCGUCCUCCUCCACAAGUUGAAUCUUCGGUGGUUAGAAUUGAAGUUAAACAACCAAGACCAAACGUUGACUUCAAUGAAUGGGACGGUCUUUUACGUAUUUGUUUCGUGAGAAAGAAUAAGACUGUUGCUGCUGGGUUUAAAUCCAACAACGUUUUAGAAAUCUUGGAAAAGAAUUACAAGACCUUUUUGGCCACUUCAAACGCACAAGACAAUGAGGCCAUGAUGGUGGAUGAUAAACUGUCAAUGACCGACAUAGUUAAGGCCAAAAUUGAGCAGGUUCUCACUGAAACCGGCUUCCUGGAACAAAGAUCCGCUAAGAUGGACCAAACAGACUUUUUGAAGUUAUUGUAUGCCUUCCACCAAGUUGGUAUCCAUUUCGCAUAGUGUAUAAUAGGAAAGAUGAAUAGAAGAUAAAUAGAAAUUUUUAAAAAAAACAUUAAGAUAUUACUUUGUAGUUAUAUUAUUUACUGUUUCUGUCUAAAUCUAUUUAUUGU